AUGACCUCGGACGGAGGAGCUAAGAUACGUAAAGCCAUCGACACCGUGCAAGACAGCUUUUAUGUAGCAUUUAGCAUUGAAAAGUUGAUCGUCAGUAGCAGUGCUUCGGGUCCGUUCCUGCAACGAAUUGCCACGCUAACUGAGCAGAUUUCGUACAUGGCCUAUAAGGAUCCCGUGUUCCAACUGCCGGCAGACAACACACUCACCGAAAUCGAAAUUGUCAAUGCCGUAAUGCUUCGGUCGUUAGUAGCUGGCACGAACCGUCAUUUGACGCGACUAUACGUGGAGAACUGUCUUCUCGAUCGUAUACCACCGACACUCUCCAAUAUGAUCGAGUUGGAGGAGCUGUUUAUCAUACAGUGUGCAUUGACAGCGCUGCGCCUAGAGGUGCUGGUGAACAAUCCUAAACUCACCACCAUCGAUCUGACGCGUAAUCGAAUUCGUCAACUGUUUCCGAUCACCACGCCACCGAAAACUAAGCUAUCUGUAACAUCCCUGAGCUUGGUUGCGAAUCAGCUAGAACAUCUCGAUAUGUCCAUGUUUGCCUUCAUGCCAAAACUGGAACUGUUCGAUGUGCGAGGUAAUCGGAUCGUCCGCCUUGAGGCUACGGCACCAGUAACCUAUGGUUCGCUCAUCCAAAUACUUCUGUCUUCCAACAAUAUUACGCAGUUCGAUACGCGCAAUCUUACUCUUCCGGUAUUACGUUCGCUGUACAUCGACGAUAACGCACUCACCGAACUUCCCACACAUUGGGGCAAGCUACCAAAUCUCGUUUACCUCGGGUUUGAUCGAAACUAUCUGAAACGAAUCGAUAUGAGUUUCUUUGGAAAGUUCCCAACAUUAAAUGCAAUCUUUAUCUGCGAAAACAACGUUGAAACGAUCCGCACCUCCACACCGAUCACGAUGCCAGAGCUAGAUAUCAUGCUGUUCGAAAGCAAUCAGAUUGUGUCGGUGAAUUUUACUGGCUGUAAUUUCCCUAAGAUGAACAUUAUUUCAUUGAUGAACAACCGUCUCACCACGAUUCCGCCACUGUUUCAACGAUUUUCUGAAUCGCGACUGACAAUGGAAGGCAAUCCGAUUAAAUGUUCCAGCAUGACGGUGUUUAAGAGCAAAAUCACUGAUUUUCAACUUCGCGUGACCACCGGCACUACGCAGUCCGACUGUCCCACAACUUCAUCGAUCGUACUGGAUCAAGGUCGGCUAGCUUGCUGUGACGCUUAA